ACAGAGAGCAGUCAGUCCGGCAGGCUUUCCUCGACAGUGUGAGCAGCCCACACGAGUCUCGGUUAAAAAAACGUUUCCGUUUGGGUUUUCAGCGGGUCCUCGCGCUCUUUUUGAAGCUACUGUGGACAUUUACGAGUGUGAGACUUUUUACUGUCGCUUUUUGAAACCAGUGAGACCAGUGAGACCUCCAGGUCGUGGGGCAGACUGCUUGCCAGGUCCAGCAGCUUCUCAUGUCCGUCCUGUUUGAGUGUUUACGCAGCUGUAUGGAGACCAGGAUCUGACUGAGACCCACCCAGCAUGCAGAUAAGGAGUGUUCCUGAUUAUUGGAAGUGGUGGGUUGGGCCUUAAGUGCCUGGGUGGACUACACGGAGAAACUAACAUUUGCCACAUGUUUCCUCGACAGCUCGACACCAUGGCUGCCACUCUCACUCUGCUCUUCCUUUUCCUUCACAUCUUCUCCUCUUCAGCGCUGGAAUCAGCCCCCCAGCAAGUGCUCCCACAGAGACCUCCACACCUCACUGGCUGCUUCUCUGCCAACAUGGAGACUUUCCGCUGCAGAUGGAAUGUCGGGACGUUUCAAAACGUCUCUGAGCGAGGAGAUCUACGCUUACUCUACAUCAACAAAAAACCCUCCCACCCGUCUCUUAAAGAGUGGAGCGAAUGUCCUCAUUACAGCACCGACAGGCCGAACGAGUGCUUCUUCAAUGAGAACCACACAUCCAUCUGGACGCACUACAGUGUCCAGCUCCGCUCCAAGGAUGAAGCCAUCCAGUAUGAUGAGAAAUUCUUCCAGAUUGAAGACAUCGUGCAACCAGAUCCUCCAGAGAGCCUGAACUGGACCCUGCUGAAUGUGAGUUUGACCGGCUCUUACUAUGACAUCAUGGUGAGCUGGAAGCCGCCUCAGUCUGCAGAUGUGAAGAUGGGUUGGAUGACCCUGCAGUACGAGGUCCAUUAUCGUGAUGUCAGCUCCGACCUGUGGGAAGUGAUUGAGCCUGUGAAAGGCACACAUUGCUCCGUCUACGGGCUUCAAACAAACGUCAACCAUGAGGUUCGAGUUCGGUGCAAAAUGCACGCAGGGAAAGAGUUUGGAGAAUUUAGUGACUCUGUGUUCGUCCACAUGCCAUCUAAAGUGUCUAGAUUCCCUGUGGUGGCCCUGCUCAUCUUUGGAGCCUUGUGUUUAGUUGCAAUCCUGAUGUUGGUGGUCAUUUUACAGCAGGAAAAGUUGAUGUUUAUUCUCUUGCCUCCCGUUCCUGGACCUAAAAUAAGAGGAAUUGACCCCGAGCUACUAAAGAAAGGGAAGCUGAGGGAGUUGACAUCCAUCCUGGGCGGACCCGCUGAUCUGAGGCCUGAGUUGUACAACAACGACCCGUGGGUGGAAUUCAUCGAUCUGGACAUCGAGGAACAGAACGACAGACUGACAGACCUGGACACGGACUGUCUCAUGCAACCCUCCCUGUGCUCAAGCAGCACUCCCCUCAACAUCGGUUUUAGAGACGACGACUCGGGCCGAGCCAGCUGCUGCGACCCGGAUCUCCCAAGCGACCCUGAAGCAUCACCUUUUCACCCUCUCAUCCCAAAUCAAACUUUUAGCAUGGAUGAGUUACAUCCUGACAUCUCUGAGCCAAGCUCUCCGUCCCAGAGCCCCACCACUGGGGAGCUUCCUUUUGGAACAACAGGCAGCGAAGCGAUGUACACUCUGGUGAGUGAGGUGAGGUCGUCUGGCAAGGUGCUGCUGUCACCUGAGGAAACAAGUGAGGCAGAGGAAACCACUUGUAAAGACACAGGGAAAGACACCAAGGCCAAGAAAGAGAAAGAAAAGAAAGAGUUUCAGCUCAUCGUGGUGAAUCAUGAUCAUGGGGGUUACACUUCAGAACUCAAUGCAGGCCAAACUAGCCCAAGAUGGUCAUCAGGAGACAUGAGUCAACCCUUUGAGACGAGAGGAGACUUGAGCUUGUCGUCCCCAUCUCCCUAUCAUGAAACAGACACCACCCCCAUGUCCCCUGUUCCCCCUGCACCUGUCUACACAGUGGUAGAGCGUGUUGACAUGCAGAACAGCCUUUUACUGACACCAAAUUCAGCACCAGCCCCCCAGCUGAUAAUCCCAAAGACCAUGCCGUCACCAGACGGCUACCUGACCCCUGACCUUUUGGGAAGCGUCACACCAUAAAUCAGCAUAGAACUCUGUAAAGUUAAGACGAUUUAAUCAAAAGCAGAGCCAAGCUCAGGAGCAGCCUUUCUGAUUGAAUUUACCCAAUGACAGCUCUCCUAAAAUGGUUUAGGACUGUAUGUGCCUGUCCUGCCACCACCUCUGGACUCCUGCUGCUUCGUCUGACAGGACCAUUAAGCUUACACUGCUGGAAGUUUGGUAUGAAGGAGGAAGAGGACACGUGAAUGUGUUUUACUGCAGUUGUGAAAAGGGAACCAUUUGAAGGGAAUAAGCACUAGCUGGGGGUUGAAUGGCCUCAAGACUUUCAUACUCUGAACCCUCAAAACAGGACUAAAAAGCUUGUUAUCAAGUAAUUGUUUUGUUAAAGCUGCAUUGACCAGUUCUCAGCUACAACUCUUUUGAAUGAGAAGAGACAGACAUACUGUGCAACAACGAGAAAACGGUUUUGGCUAGCUUGUUGGCAAACAGUUUCUGACUCACACAUCUGGUCAUCAAAGAAAACUCGAUCAUUGAAUUAAAGUUGUCUUUCUGUUGAUUUAAUGACUUUAAGCUCAGUGUUCAUUCUCAAAAGGAGUCGUAGGACCCUAUCAGGGUUCUUCAGUUACUAAAGUUUCCUCUUUCUCCAAGCUAGUAUGGAGUGCUCAUUUUGUCUGUUGUUGUGCUAUGAGUCAAAACAGGCUUAAGAGCUUAUUAGAGCUGCAGAGUUGUUGACAGUGAUUCUAACAUGACAUUGUAAUCUUGAGCUUUAAAUCACAGAACAUUAAGAUGUAAAGUCAAAAGCUUUUUAACUGAAAGUUUGUAUAUAUAAAAAGUGUUUUUCUUUUCUAAAAUCAGGUCAAAUGCAAAUGAUAUCAUAUGUAAAAUAAAAGGGCCCAUAACUGUUUAAUAAGAAUACAUGUGUAGUGAAUCAAACAUCUUUUUCUAUUCAUGUUUUCAUCAACUCUGAUAAUAUUACUUUGCUUUUGUCACUACUAAGUCUUAUGAGUUUUCAUAUUACGUUGUUGUCACAUGAACUCCCCAAAAAAGGGAAGAAUGAGCUGUAAUUGAGCUAACCUUACUUUGUGUUAUGUUGUUCACUAAAGUUUGACACGGUAACAUUUUCUACAUUAAGUCUGACAGAGAAAAUAGUUUUCAUAGUCAGUCAGUCUAACGCAACAUCGAUGUUUAUGAGUGCAUGGACUAUAAAAGAUUAGAUUUUUCAGUUGGUUUUGAGGUCAUCGGUGCAUUAAAUGCACAUUUUAAGUUGGGGCUAUGUGGACAUCAUGUGUUGAAUUUGUACAGAAUUAAAUUUGAAGCUGCCUGUUACAAAUA